AUUAUUCUAUUAAGCUUUGAUAUCUCAAUUGGUACUGUUUCCCCAAAUUCUUGGAAAAGUUAUCUUGAUGAAAUCGCUGUUUGUAUAAAUAAAACUGGCUCGCUAAUUGGAUUUAUUAAUUUAGAUAAUUCAAAUGAAAUAACAAUUAGAUUAAUUUUAAAUUUCAUUUAUCAUGAUAUAUUAAGUAGCACUUCAAUUGAAUCUGGCACCUAUUUUCCUAUUGAAGAUUACUUUAAUUUGUCUAUAAUUGACAAUAAUAUGGACUCGUUGCAGGGAUGCAAUAAAAUUUUAUACUUAAUAAUUGGUGACAUAAACAAAUUGACGAUGCAAAUUUCGGAAUAUAAUAAAAUGGAUAAAAAUUUGACUUUUCAAAUAGAUUUUUAUUCAAAUUUGGAAGAUAUCUUAAUUCCCAACAUAAUCAACAGAAUCGAUACAGCUAUUCCUCAAACAACAUCAGUAAUGUUUUUAAAUUCAAAAUUAGAAAUGGAGGUUCAUCUUACAACUUUUGAACUUUUACAAAAUACCCUAAAAUUAUUAAUAUUGCAUGCUAUUAAAAAUCUACCUCCUAUUUCUUUUGAAAUUCAAUUAUUAAUUUUAAAAAUAUUUCCUCUAAUAGAUAUAAUUAUAGGCACAAGAUUACAAAGCAAAUUAAUCUUUUGUCUUUUAAUUUUAGGGGCAAAUUGUUUUAAAAUUCAACAUAGAAAAAGAUUCUUGAAUCAAAUCAAACGAUAUUGUGAAAUGGGUAGUUUUUAUUAUAAAGCAGGAAAUAUUGAGAAAAUUUUAAAAAUUAUUAAACAAUGCUGGGUCAAAAAUAAAAAUGGAAAUAAAAGUAUUCAUUGGUGGACAAUUGCAAAAGAUUUUGGUUGGGAAAUCAAUUUGGGAGACUAA